CAACAACGGCAGCACAAACGACAACAACGGCAGCACCAACUACAACAACGGCAACCCCGACGACAACAACGGCAGCACCAACUACAACAACGGCGGCCCCGACGACAGCCCCGACGACGACAACAGCAACACCACUGCUGUGUCCAAGAUUAAACAUCAGUAGCGCAAGCAAAGGGAUACGUGAGGGAAAGAAGUGUGCAGAAGUGAGAGGCGGUCGUGUCAAAUGCAAGAAAGGAGUCUGUGAGGAGGGUGCAUCCUGUAUGUGUGACCCACCAAAUAAAAACAAAAGUAAAUGCUAUUGUAGAUUAACGGUAGCCCCUGCAACGAUAACAACGACAGCAACGCUUUUGCAAUGUCCAAACAGUGAUAGGAAUAGCUCAAACAAAGAGAUACGUGAGGGAAGGAAGUGCGCAGAAGUGAGAAGCAGUCUGGCCAAAUGCAGGAAAGGAACCUGUGAGGAGGGUACAUCGUGUAUGUGUGACCCACCAAUUGGAGGCAAAAGCAAAUGCUAUUGUAGGUCAUCGGAACCUGAAAAUGCAUAGGAGAAGAUGGAAGGGAAGAAGAAGGAAUUGAAAUUAAGAGAAAGAUGACGAGAAAAGUGGACAUGUGAAAAACACAAACGUUGAGACUUUAGAGCAUUUUAGAAACCAAUUAAGCGCAACAUUUACAGUAAUUUAAUCUGUGCAAAAUAAUAUUAGAAUAAAAAUUAGAUCUGCAAGUUAACAUCUUAUA